CAGCCCGGCCUAGGCGCUCUCUUCCGCCCCGGGCCUGGCAGCAGCGAAAGGAACCGGGACCGGGACUACCCCGGGCCCAGUGUCGGCAACCCACGUAUCCAGUGCUUGGACCAGGGCUGGGCAAGAGGCAGCCAUGACAAGCUCCCCUGUCUCCAGAGUUGUUUAUAAUGGCAAGAGAAACAGCAGUCCUCGUUCCCCAAGCAACAGUAGCGAGAUCUUCACUCCUGCACAUGAGGAGAAUGUGCGCUUCAUCUAUGAAGCAUGGCAAUGUGUGGAGCGGGAUCUCCGCAGCCAGAUGGCAGGUGGCGAACGGGGACUUGUGGAGGAGUAUGUGGAGAAGAUGCCAAACCCCAGUCUGAAGGCAUUCAAACCUGUUGACUUGAGUGACCUAAAGCGGCGGAACACACAGGAUGCUAAGAAAUCCUAAGGUGGCCUGGCCUGGUCCAGCCCCAAGUGCUGGUGUGUGGCCACUGGUACAUGAAUUUGAUGACUUUGUGUUGGUUUCCUCCUUUGGUCUGGAUUGUGCCUGGGGCUGGCUCUGAACUUCCUAGGAAGGAUAGGUUUCCUGCUUAUCCUUCACAGCAUUCCCUGGCCUGGGCUGCCUGACUUCAUUCUACCUUUGGGCCCAGGAAUUCUCCCUUUUCCUUAGUAAAUGACGUGUUAUACUGAUGAUGGCCAAGAGGCAGGUGUGAGUCCUGUCUGUCUGGGAGUGUGGAACAAGGCAGAAGAAUCGGGAACCACCAGGUCUAGUCUCUCCCUAUACCCCUCUUACAGCCCAGCCCUCCUUAGGGAGAAGCUGAGAGAGGAUGAUGGGACAGAAACUGUAAGGCUUACUGCAGUCCACCCUGUCAAUACAACAUGGGAAUUUAGACUGACUCAUCACAGUGGGCUCUUUGGUCUGGGGGUGGAAGGGUUAUGUGCGAUGAUAUCUGUAUGUUAUAUGCUCAGCCUCUUGGAUCGGUGAUGGGGAAAGAGCAGAAAAUAGAGGCUGAUGAUCCCAGGUACAGGUCUCCCAAGAGCAAACUCUCUUGGAAUUCUGUUGUAUUGGAUAAAAUUGAAUAGCCCCCCCUUACCCUGUGCUGAGAAUGUGCUCCAGGUUCUGCUGUCUUUACACCCUGCUGACUUGCAGCCCCAGCCAGGGGGCCAAGUGGCAUUUCUGAGCUAGCCCCAGAGCCCAGCCCCCAUGCCCCAGCUGGGCUGGGGACAGCCUUGGUGUGUGCUGGGCACUGGCAAGGGGUGGAAGUGCCCAGGGCCCAGGCAUUGAUGUCGGGGACCAUACCCAGAGUGGGUAGGCAAGGGGCAUGGUGGCUGUUCCUUUCCUUUUGUUAUGUCCCCUCAUGGUCUGUGUCUGUCUUUAAGGAGUGUUGUAAAUAAAAGCUGGUUAGUCAUUUUGA